AUGCAAGAAAUGUAUCAAACAUUGAAAUUUAAAAAGAUUAAUAACGAAUAAAAUCUAUAGCCUAAGCUGUUAGCAUAACAUAGAUUCCAAGAUAUCGGAAUUUACUUGGAUGCAGGAGACAUAAAAAACGAAGAAGUGGAUGUAAUUGUUGCUUAGACCGAUUUAAAUCUAAAGCUCCCAUAUUACUUGAUAAACAACGUAUCGCCCUAAACAAAAUAAUAGUUGUUAAAAUACAUUCAAUAGAUUCGAGAUAAAUAAGCAGUGUCUCAUGGGGAUGUCGUGCAUUCUCAUGCUGCAGAAUUGGAAUUUGAUUUCGUAUUUUAUUGCGUAUUACCAAAUGAAGAUGACGAACCAAUGAAAUUGGCUAGAAAUCACAAUCCUAAAAAUCUAAACUUGAAAUUACCAAAAAAUGCUCAUUAAAAAUAUUAGAAAUAAUUUAUUUAUGAUUGCAUGAUGACGUGUCUUAAAGUAGCAGAAGAAAUGGAAAUUACGUCAAUAUGUUUUCCUGUGAUGAAAUCAACCAAGUUUACAAUAUCCACAAUUGCAACAAUGCAGAUGAUUGCUGUGAAGAAUUUUUUGGAAGAAAAUGUCACUAAAAUAAAAUUUCUGAGUUAGGUUAGAUUUUGUAUACAAGAUGAUAAAGAUUAAGAAUUAUUCAAAUGGGCAUUUGAUAAGGUGUUUAUGGACACAGAUGAUAACAGUGAAGCAAGUGACGAAGAUUCCCUUAAUAACAAUAGUGGCAAUAGUGGAAGUGGGAGUGCAGGUAAUUCUUUAAGUAAAAAUACAUUAUAUGAAUUGUAACCAACUGUAAAAAAACCAUAACAAAAGAAUUUUGAAGAGGAUGAGUUCGUUAAGAGUUUUGGUGCUAAUUAUUAUGAUAAAUUUGAGAGUCCAUAGAGUGUGGGUAGAAAAAUAUCGAUUUGA